CUUCUCCCUCUGUCUGCGCCCCUCAGUCCGCUCUCGUGCCGGCCCAACCUCCGCCUCUGCCCGAUCAGACACCCUGCCAGACCCCGCCGACUGCUGGGACACACAAGUGGGGGGGAAAUUAGCUGGGACACGACGAGAGACAGAAAACUGACGGAGUAUUUGUUGCGGGUCGCAUUGCACCAUUUCACUAAUUCUCCCAUCUGACGCCACUUUUGUUGUUUUAACCCCCGAUCCAUCAAUGUUUUACUUAGGAAGAAAGCAAACUUUGUAACGUUACAGCAUGAAAAGGUGUAAAAAUCAGUCCGGAUACUAAACUUGGGACACAAACUGCGCCCGUUCUGAACGCAACCAGCGGGCUGGACAAACUGAACGGGACCGUUAGGUUUUUAGCUAGCUAGCUAGGUGGGACCAGGACGACUUUGUGGAAGAAGAGGAACACAUUUCUGUCUGUUUGCGAGCCGUAUUUUACGCUUCACUACGGGGGAAAAACACCAAAGAUGAUGUCAGGGCUGAGCGAGUGGUUCUGGCAGGAGCGGCUGUGGUUUCCAGAGGGCCUGGGCUGGGCUGACCUGGAAGAUCGGGAUGGACGAAUAUACGCUAAAGCCCGCGACUUGUGGGUGGCGAUACCCAUCGCCCUUGUAUUCCUUAUUAUCCGUCAGAUCUUUGAAAGGAUGGUGGCUACACCCCUGGCCUCUCUGCUUGGCGUGAAAGAGACAGUACGGCUCAAAGCCCCUCACAACCCCUCACUGGAGUCCCACUACUGUAACAUUACCAAAAACCCCACACAGACUUCAAUAGCAAGCCUUUGCAAGCAGACUGGUUAUUCAGAAAGACAAGUGCAGCGAUGGUUCAGGAGACGAAGGAACCAGGACAGGCCGAGUUUGCUCAAAAAGUUUCGGGAGGCCAGUUGGAGAUUUACCUUUUACCUUCUUGCUUUCAUUGCUGGCCUGGCCGCCCUCAUCGAUAAACCUUGGCUGUAUGACCUGAAGGAGAUGUGGCAAGGCUUUCCUGUACUGACUCUCCUGCCAUCUCAGUAUUGGUACUACAUGAUUGAGCUGGGUUUCUACAGCUCUCUGCUCUUCAGUGUGGCUUCUGAUGUCAAACGUAAAGACUUCAAGGAGCAGAUUGUUCACCAUGUAGCGACCAUCCUCCUCAUCAGCUUCUCCUGGUGUGUUAACUACAUCCGUGCUGGAACUCUCAUCAUGCUGGUGCACGACUCCUCUGAUUACCUCCUUGAGUCUGCAAAGAUGUUCAACUAUGCUGGGUGGCGAAAUGCCUGUAACUACAUCUUCAUUGUAUUUGCUGCAAUCUUUAUUGUCACUCGCCUGGUCAUCUUCCCCUUCCGGAUUAUUUACUGUACUUGGGUUUACCCAGUGACCAUCUAUGAACCCUUCUUUGGCUACUACUUUUUCAACGGACUUUUGAUGAUUCUGCAGUGUCUACAUAUCUUCUGGGCCAUCCUCAUCAUACGCAUAGCACUCCGCUUCCUCACCAACAAUGAAAAAGUGGACGAUGACAGGAGUGACAAAGAUGAAACAGAUGAAUCAGAAGAAGAGGAAGAUGAGGAGGAUAAAAAGGACAUGAAGAAAAAUGGGCCGGUGCAGAAUGGUCACAUAGUCCACAACAACAACCACAGCAAGACAGAGUGAAAGCAAACAAGUGUCAGGAGGAGAGAAUGUGAGAAGGACUCAUAUCCCUCAGUAGGGGAGCAGAAAGGGGGGAUGAAAAGAAAGAGAAAGACGAAGGGGUACGGGUGAGGGAGAGGGGAAUUCAUUCCCUAAAACCAAGAAAAGCAGGUAUCUUGAGGAAAGUUGACACUGUUACUUUUGCACAACACAAAAACACGCUCACACAUGUUCAUUCGUACUUUUAGAGGGCACAGACAUCCAGCAGAUGAGAUACACUACAUUACGUGGCAUGGCUGUUUUGCUUUGUUAUCAGAGAAAAAUGUAUCAUUGUUAGUUUGUGAUGUUGGUCCCUAAAUUUCAAAGAGACAGGGGAGAAAAUGGAGAGGAGCAACGUGUGGAGAGAACACGGGAGGGAGGUGAUGCUGCUUCUACUUUAGCUUUCCGUGUUCUGUGUGCCUUAGAGCCAGCUAAUGGCUGUUAAAAUGCCAUUUUAUAGCUUUCUGCUUUAAUUUUGUGUGGCUUUAUUUCAUUGUACAUUUUUUUGUUUUCUACUAAAAGAACGAGAGUGAAAGUGAGUUUUUUGAAAGUGAGACAAUAGGGCAUUUAUUUCCCUAAUUUUCUGUCUAUGCAAUUACGUACAUUUUCAGCUAUUGCAACUUCUUUGCACAAACAUUCAGUCUCUCUUAUAUACUGUAAUAACUUGCAGAAGGACUGUGGGCCUCUGCUCUCCAAUGCGGCCUGUGCCAUUUAUAAAAUAGUCUGCCUUGUAAGGUUUAAGGAAUAAAUUUGGUGUCAGUAUUUGUUUUUUUAGGAAAUCUAGUUUUCUUUUUUUAAAUUUUGUUUAAUUCUUAAUCCAGCAUAGCUCAUCAUGUACAAUCCCUGCUUCCAAAAGAGAUGUCUGACCUGCAAAGGUUAUCAUUCUCAAUUUGUUGCUGUUUGAGCAGUCAGGAAUACCCUGAAUACCCUACAUGAGUGCUCAGCACAAACACUGCAAUAGAAAUCACAGCUUCCUGCUAGUUUUGACAGAGCUGUAUGUUUUCCCCUCCCCGGUUUGGCUGAAGCUCUUUGAUCCAGUUGAGUCUUGAAUCACACUGUUGAUGCCACCUACUGGAAACCGAUGACUCUCUCAUAAAAUCACUGCGAAACUGGGCUGUGAUGUUGGAAUACAGAAGUUUUACUAAGUCAAAUGGAAUGGGACAGAGCAACCGUUUUCAAAUUUUACAAAUGUGAACCAGAUUUCUUCGAUUCGCUGCCUAGUUGCCUCAGUGAUGUUUGUUAACCAGGGUUUGAUUUAACUGUUGAUCUAAGUGAAUGAUUUUUGGUAUUUGAUUCUAUGUAUGAAACAGGUUUACAGGUUUUGCUGUCUGAUUUUAAGGAGGUAAAAGAUAUGUUAAUCAUUUUUUAGCUGUUCACUGUUGAAGUUUCAUUCACGAAUGAGUGUUGCUGGUUUGUUCUCAUGCUUUAAAGUUUUUUUUGUAUGUCAAGUGCCUUAUCUAUAAUGUAUGGGAAGCUCUCUCUCCUGUCUUCACGUCCUCUCGUUUUCUUUCCCGUCUCCACCUUACAUCACAGAUCCAACUCUAAGACUGGUAUGUUCUCCCUCCACUCCCUCAUCCAUCACACAUUUCCCUCCUCUUCUUUAUAAAUUACCAUCCUUUGAAACUCA